UUUUUAAAACAUUUGGCUAAGAAUUUUGUAGCCCUAACAAUUUUCGCAUGUCAUAUUUGAAAUGAACCUACAAAACAAAAUAUUAUAUUUAAAUCAAGGGUGGGCAACCAUGACUCUAGGGCAACAUGAAGUCUUUAGGCCAAUUUUAUAAGACAUUUGUAAGGGAUCAAGCGAGAUCCUUGAAAAAAAAAUCUACGUUUUCUCUGACAGUAAUUCAGAGAAAUUACUCUGAAUAUGGGUAGAAAAGAUGUGCUGAGAAGAAAAGUAGAUUUGGUGAGAAUUAGUGUCCUUAUCCACCUCUUGCUUCAGCCUUGUUUAUCAUUUCUAAGCAGCGUGGACCUCAAUAGAAAAGAUUGUGUUAAAUCAUGGUGUAGUAUGAUAUAGCUUCAUUUGAUUAUUAAGACUUAAUUGCAUCAAAAAUGUUCCAAAAUUAUGGUACUGAUCCUAGAAGGCCCUUAAUGAAAGGAGGUUUAAUAUUACCUAUUCUGCUUGUGAAAAGGUAAAAUACUAAAAGUUCAAAUCGUUGUGUGAAAUCUCACUCUCUAUCCUUAGCUAUUGAACAUGGCUCUGGAAGCCUUCUAGGGAAGAUAUCCCAGCCAAUUGGAAUGAGUCGUCGGGCAUUCAGUUAUGAUGAUGCCCUGGAGGAUACAGCACCAAUGACUCCUCCUCCUUCAAAUAUGACCUCCAAUAUCUUGUGGAAACAACCAGUCAUUCCAGAACACAAAUAUGAAAAGCUUUCCCAGGUUGAGGAAGGGGAGACUAGCAUGCAUUCCUCUGUCAAAAUUCCCUCAUCUUCCUCUGAGGUGAACAAGAUACCAGUAGUGAAGGCCAAAGCCACCCACAUCAUCAUGAAUUCUCUCAUUGCAAAACAAACCCAGGAGAGCAUUCAGCAAUUUGAACAGCAGGCAGGGCUAAGAGAUGCCGGAUACACUCCACACAAAGGCCUCACUGCAGAAGAAACAAAAUAUCAUCGUGUGGCUGAGUCAUUCCAUAAUUUGAAGAUGCAAAGUGGAGAGAUGGUUAAAGAAGAUAAACAGGCCUCUUCUGCCCAGUCCACACCAAGCAGCACUCCUCAUUCUUCUCCCAAGCGCUCAUACAGGGGCUGGUUUAGUCAUGGAACGUAUGCUUCUGUCACUGGUCCUGAUCGUGCUUCCAUGGAUUCCAACAGUGGUGAUGGUGAUAAAGUACCACCUGAAAAAUGGAGCAUUUUCGGACCUAGAGCUCUUCAGAGAUCUACCACUGAGUCAGGGGGCUUUACCAUUCAGACAUAUAAGGGUGCUCAGAAGCCAUCUCCAGUGGAACUGAUGCGUGUACAGACCACCAGGAUGUCAGAGGACUCUGCAGAUUUCAAGCCUCCCAAGAUGGAUAUUCCACAUAUGGAAGAAAAGAGGCGGUCUCCGCAUUCUCACAGUCUUAAACCCCGGGACUUGAAUGUGCUUGCUCCCUCUGGAUUUUAGGAGUAUUUCUACUUAAAUGGCGCAAUUAUGUUCUUGCUAUCUGAUAGGGUAGACUCCAUUCCAUUCAUGAACCCCUGAUAAAAAAAGACAACUCUAUGCCUUCUAGCUCAGAAUUAUAAAUGGUGAUGAAAUGAGGUCUGGGCAGCUUUCUGAAUUUAUUGCUUUUCCCCCUCUCAAAUGGCUCUCUGGGUACACUAUAAAUCAAAGUGAUCCUAUUAGUGAAAUUCUGACAACAAAUCCUGUGCUUCUUUAUACAGCUAUACUUCAAAAAGGAAACCUACAAAACUGUUGAAGCUGUUUUGAAUAUUUGCGCUCCCACUACUAGAUUUGAUGCUGAUGUUCAGACCAGAUUAUCAAUAGACACUGCAUUAUUUUUUAAUAUCUAAAUGUUUUUUUUUGAAGCUUGAAGGGAAUCCAGGAAAAAAAAAAAAGGAAAUGUUAUGGUUUGCUAAGGUGUUGUUCCUGGAGGAAUUAUUUUUCAAAUGCAGUCACUCUUGCUGUUUUCAUACAUAAAAGUUCCAUGUCUAAGAAAGUUUUAGAAUUAAGUAAGUUCCCCUUCUAGACCUGUGGCAUGAAAUAUGGUAUUGUUUAUGGUGGGUUUUGUUAUUGUUGUUGUUGAAAUCAAAUGAUUCAGCAUAAAGUUGAAUGUAGGCAAAUUUCUUCAUUCCUAAAGUAGCCAGACUCUUUUUUAAUAAGGGAAUCUAAGAACUGAAAUCCCUUGGAGUUUGAAAAUUGUAGCCAUGCUUUCUAUGAAAAGAAUGUGAAACAGAAUGUCAUAGAAAGUACAAUAGUCAUUCCUAUUUAGGCUUCUUUGGGAGGCAAAGGAAUCCAAAAUAAAAUUAUUUAAAAGAA